ACCAGAGAUCCAUACAGUGCUUAUACUAUUGGAUUACAGCAGGAAGACAAGGUUAGGAGUCCAGUAAGAUGGCACGAAUAUAAUAAUUUGCAGAGGAAGAAUUAAUAGACCACGCGAGAUCGCGCUCUAACAAGUGACUUUGUCAGUGACCGGAGAGAGUAGCCAGUAGCAGAUCAAGCGUUUUCCAACAUGCCGAGAAUCGACAAUGAUAUCAAGUUGGAUUUCAAGGAUGUCCUAGUGCGUCCAAAGCGCAGCACAAUCAGGAGCCGCGCAGAUGUUGACCUCACAAGGUCGUUCAUCUUCCGCAACUCCGGCCUCACAUACACCGGAAUUCCUGUCAUGGCAGCCAACAUGGACACAGUUGGCACCUUCGAGAUGGCCAAGGCAUUUGCAAAGCACAAGAUGUUCACUACCAUCCACAAACACUACUCGCCUGCAGCCUGGAAGGAGUUUGUGGACAACAACACCGAAACACUUGAGCACAUUGCCGUGAGCGCCGGUAUUGCUGAGGGGGACAUGCAGAAACUAAGUGACAUUCUGGAACUGGCACCACAGAUCAAGUUCAUCUGUCUGGAUGUUGCUAACGGUUACUCGGAACACUUUGUGCAGUUCGUCAGGGAUGUCCGCAAGAAGUUUCCCAAAAAGACAAUCAUGGCAGGUAACGUGGUGACGGGGGAGAUGGUGGAGGAGCUGAUCCUGUCGGGGGCAGACAUCAUCAAGGUCGGGAUUGGCCCCGGCUCCGUGUGCACCACCAGGAAGAAGACUGGCGUCGGCUACCCACAGCUCAGUGCCGUCAUGGAAUGUGCCGACGCCGCCCAUGGCCUCGGGGGACAUAUCAUAUCGGAUGGGGGCUGCACGUGUCCUGGUGAUGUGGCGAAGGCGUUCGGAGCAGGUGCGGACUACGUGAUGUUGGGGGGCAUGCUGGCUGGACACAACGAGUCGGGAGGGGAAAUGAUCGAGAAGAAUGGCAAGAAGAUUAAACUGUUCUAUGGGAUGAGCUCAGCCACUGCGAUGAAGAAACAUUCUGGAGGGGUCGCUGAGUACAGGGCCUCUGAAGGGAAGACAGUUGAGAUCGAGUACCGUGGAGAGGUCGAAGCUACAAUUCAGGACAUUCUUGGGGGUAUCCGGUCCACCUGCACAUAUGUCGGGGCAUCCAAGCUGAAGGAGUUGAGUCGCAGGACAACAUUUAUACGCUGUACACAACAGAUAAAUGAAGUCUUCACAGCCUUUACCACCCAACAUUAGCUGCUUCAAUCCAUCCAGCUUAGAGUGAUCUCCCCUUGUUUAAAAACAUGGCACAAUAGUGGUGUUGAUUGCUGCUAACAAGCCAUCUCUGGGUUAAAUUAUUUGUUUUUGUAAGCUAAGUGGACAAUUAGAUUAUAUUUCAUGUAUGGUAAUAUCUGUGCUUAUACAAGUGAAUAUAUUUUGCAUCCUUUAACAUCUACAGUAGUAGGCAAGGGGAGACCACUGAUAUUUGCUGGUUAUGGGUUGCUUCCCUUGACUAUUCUGGCAUGUGACAAUUUAUUGUCCUGUGCCAUGUGUCAGAGGGCUGUGUGGGGAGUGAAGAUAGUUUGGAUGACUUGUCUGGAAGCUUGGCACCUUUUGAUAGCAUUUACUUGUUUGUAUGAAUACCUUUACUCUUUGUAAAUGACAUUUAAAUUGUCUGGCAAGCUCAAAAAUAGGUUUGGGGAAUUAUUUAUUAAACUGUGAAUUUACGUAUUUGGUGAAGCAUAAUAUGAACAAAUAAUGAAACAAAGUUGAAAGAAAUCUUGGGUGAGCAUCUCAAUGUACACAAGUAUUACUGAGGUAUUAUGACCAGAACAAACCAUGUCAAUUAUCAAUCUUUUCAUUCAUAUACAAUCUUUAUGUUUCUAUCUCAAUGUUUCCACCAUCUUAAUAUACACAAGAAUGUUAACUAGAGCUUAUAUUUUGUUUCUUUGUCCGAGAAACCAUCUUCAACAUGGCUCCAAAAUCAUUUUAUAGCAUUUAUGAACCAUAACCAUUUUAUUGAUUAACUCACACAUAACUAAAGAUUUCCGUAUUUGGGGAUAAUUUCUAAAUUUUGUUUACUUUAUAUUUUGUGUAUUCAAUCUUUGAUAUGGAAGGACUGCUGAAAUAUUUAUCAAAACAUGUAUAGGAAACAUCUUUGUCAUGUAUGCUGUUGCCAUUUUUGAGAAGCCCAUGGAUAUUUUGGGUUACCCUGGUAAAAUUGGUUUCCGCAACCUAUGCUGAAACGAUCAGGUGGUCAUGUUCGUGGCUUUGUUGAUGGUGUUAAUGUGUUCUGACAACAAGAUGACAGGUGCUUUUGCAUGUCCAGUAUAUGACGAAUUGUAAGAUAAUCACAGGUAGACUCGGGUAGUGUUUGCCAGCUAGUCAGUCCACAGCUCUUUUUAGCAGUUAUGGCCUGAUGGAACUUGUGGUUGGUUGGUUGGUUUGUUGUUUAACGCCGCACUCAGCAAUAUUCCAGCUAUAUGACGGGUGUGUGUAAAUAAUCAAGUCUGGACCUGACAAUCCAGUGAUUGAUAUCAUGAGCAUCGAUCAAUGCAAUUGGGAUUGAUGACAUGCAUCAACCAAGUCAGCAAGCCUGACCACCCGAUCCCAUUAGUCGCCUCUUACAAGCAUGGGUUGCACAAGACCAUUUCUAACCUGGGUCUUCACAGAUGACAUCUUCAUUGAAGUCCCAGCAUUUUUGUGAUCAUUUCCCAGCAUUACGAUCCAAGAAUAAGAAGAUGACUGUUAUCCUGUAGACAGCUGGGAAUCCCAGGGCAACCAGAAGUAGUUGCUUUGUAGACAUCUGAAAAUGCUAAUGCAUUUUGGAAAACUUUGUACACCAUUUUAAUGGCACAGUAACCAAGAUGAUUUCUGAACACUUGUAUUUGUUGAUGUAGACCGGUGACACUCCCAACUGGUAGUCUUGAGUUUCAUCCUAUUGUAUAACCUUUACUUCCUGUUAGCUAUACAUGUUUAUUGUGGGCUCUACAACUGCUACAGUGGGCGGGACGUUUUGUUUAAUGUUCAUUAGCCGUUGACCUUGCGAACUUACAGUUUGGAUAUAUAUAUGUAUUUGUGUUUUGGGUGUGUAUUUGUUGUUUUAUCUCUUCAGAUUGUGUUGAAAUGGUGAAAAAUGAUGGGAUAUGGAGAGAGCUACUCACUGUGAUAGAUUUUUAGGUGUAUGGGUAUAUAAACAAGGGAAGCAAAAUCUGAGGGUAAAAUAUAUUUUUUGGGGUCAUUUUAUUCCACAUUUAGAGGCGACUCCUGUGUUGUGAUAAUUAUAGAGUAAUUAUUUUUGGGAACCUUUUUCUGACAUAUCUAACCUCAAUCUUCUUUAAUGUUGAAUGGUUUGUACCCAAGUACAAGUGGUAGCAAGUUGUUUUGUAAACACCUGGUAUCAUCACUAUUGGAUAGCGAUUUAUAAACACCUGGUAUCAUCACUAUUGGAUAGUGAUUCAUAAACACUUGGUAUCAUCACUAUUGGAUAGCGAUUCAUAAACACUUGGUAUCAUCACUAUUGGAUAACAAUUCAUAAACACCUGGUAUCAUCACUAUUGGAUAGUGAUUCAUAAACACAUGCUAAUACAGUCAUUAUUUCCACAAAUUAACAAUGACUGAUAAAUCAUUAUGAAGAGGCACUAGGGAUCUCACAGACUUCUAUUUAUGGUGUUAGUUAACAGUGUUGAGCAUGUGAAUCAGAAAGCAGUGAUUUUGCCCAAGACAAAACACAGAGGGAUAUAUUCAUCACAUGUCAACUUGGGACAUUCUUCUUUAUCUUGAUAAAAUUUGAAAAAUAUCAUGAGGACAUUUUGGAUGACAGUCGGAGGUUUGAAAACCCAGCAAGUGUUUCGAUCUUGAUGUCCUUUGUUGUGUUCCAGAGGUAUAGGAAAGUUCCACGAGUUCAUUCUCCAGCAUUCCCAGCCCAGCCCUGUAUACAGUGCCAUAUGCGUUGAAUGUUUCAGAACGGUUGAGACGGUGGACAUGAUAUACAUCUGAAAAUAUCCAGAUAAGGACUAAGUCUUAAUUUGAAAGGCAUUUAGAAGUGAUUCACGUAAGACCAUUUAGUUCACUGCAAAGACUGUCAGAUAACGUUCUGGCCAAUCAAAUUACAGCUUUCUAAGGAGGGAUGAAGUGUGAAUAUACUUCCUUGAAUGAUAGUGGAUGGCUGUUUCCACGGCAACAUGUUACUGGUUUGUUAUGAGAGUGUUAGUAUUGUUUUGUCUGUUGGACUUGCAUUAAAACCUGAAUGCUG